AUUGCUCAGUUUGGUAAGUACGCCCAUCACUGGAGUCAGAGUCGGACAAUGGGACCGGCGCCGGCUGUGCACCGGCGAGUUCGCUGCACGGACCCGUCGGCAGUAUAUAAGGCUGGCCGACGCGUUCCUCGUCCAGUUUCCCACCGAUGCUAGCUUUCCUUUCGCCACGUAGGACGGAUUGCGAAUACGAGAUGUCGUUCCCCUUCCAGCAGUACGUGGACUACUCGGAAACAACGACGCCUGGCGCGUAUUCUUGGGAAGGUUUCGAACAAGAUCCAAUAGUGCCGACUUCUGCACCAACUCCAAAUCAACCUGCCAGUAUUUCACCCCCAACUUUGCAGCAGCCGCUUCAAACACCUACCUCAACCGAGCAUCAACCUCAACACCACCAACAACAAUUGCAAAUACAGCCGCCGUCCGAACCCCAGCAGAUCCAAGCGGUUUUUGAGCCUCCGCACACUGCCUACGUUGAAGAUCGCUUUCAAAUUCAGCCCAGUCAGUUUCGAUUUGAUAAUAUUGAUGAGUCCCAUUUCCUGCGCCAGCAGGGUGGGAGUCAUGUUGGGCGACCAAAUACGGGGGAAUCGUCUUCUCGACGUCCCUCGUUACGUGUCGAUGUGGACGAAGUGCGUCCUAGUACAAGUGGUUCACCACCUACGGCGGGACCCAGUCGAGUCCCCCAUGGGCGACCACAUGUGCAAGUGUCCCAUCCGUAUAGACGUCCAGAGUCUUCGGGGAUGCGUUCUUCUCCUGCUUCUGGGCAGUCUUUGAGACCUUCUUCUUCUCGUCGAGAACGAGCUAGUGAGCUGCAUCAUAUUGAGCCAAUGCCUCAGAUGCGCGUGGGCGUCGCGCACCCGAUGCCUGCGGUUGGUAUGGGCUCGACAACUGUGUCGUGUCCCGCGAUCUCCGUAUGGAGAGUGAAUCAGAGUAACCAAAAUCAGAUCCAGCGAAAUGUUAGCGGUGGAAGUGCCGCAACGGUAGCCACUGUGACGACUACGAGCCCCGGAGCCAAGGUGCCAACGCCUGGGUCCUCCAACACGCCGAACGUUCAAGCCGUUCAACUGCCACCGGCCUUCCAACCGCAGCAGCAACCAGCCGACCGCCCAGCUCAACCUGUAAAGCGUUACCAUAUUCGCACCGAUGCUCAUUUCGACAUUGCAAACAAUCUGAUGACGGUCAUGUUUGAACUACCUGGUUUGAAAAAGUCUGACCUGAAGAUUCGAAUGAGUUUCUGCCCAUAUAGCCAUCUGCGACAACUGACUAUCAGCGGGCGAACCCAUUCAACACUUCCCGAUAAUGGUUUCUCAAUCAAGGAAAGAAAAUUCGGCGACUUCAGCAGGACUGUCGUCGUUCCCCCCGAUACCAAGCCCGCUGACAUCGACGCAUCGAUGGAAGAUGGAAUCCUUACGCUUCGUAUACCCGGUGGCACACCUGCUCCUCGAGAGGACGUCCAAGAUAUCCUUAUUCGUUGAGUUGCGACGCCCGAAAACAACAUACAUCUUCCGCUCUGCUCGUGCUUCCUUUCUUGCUCUGCUACUGUCUUCUCAUCGACGCUUUCUUGCAACCGUGCUUUGUGAUCGUUUUUAUUUAUUCGGCAUUAUUUUUGUAUCGUCAGCUCAUCACUCACCCCCAGCUCAGCUACUGAUCGUUAUACCUUACAGCUUCUUUCAAUACCCACCCUUCAUGUUUGUAUCUUAUUCGCAUUGGACCGUUGAUGUUAUAAUUGCAAUGUUAGAAUUGAAACAUU